AUGGCAGCAUGCGGUCCCAACGCCUUUCGGCCCUCGGACGAUGUUCUGAUCUCAUCGCCCCUUCCUUCCCCUCACGCCGAUCCGACCCCGCCGCAAGAAGAAGUCACGAACGACUCAAGUGAUCGCAAAAGUGCCCAGAAGCACCACCCUGACACCAAUCAUCCAAUAUCGAGUCUGGCUCACAAUGCGGCGCAAACGUUUGAUCAGACGCGAUCGCGCCAGUCGACAUCGCUCGCUGAGGCCGUUAAUGAAUACCGUCGUCGCUACCACAUGCACCCGCCACCGCACUUUGAUAAGUGGUUCAAGCUGGCUCGUUCGAGGGGCGUGCAGAUGAUUGAUGAGUACGAUACGAUCUACCACUCGCUGUUGCCGUUUUGGGGUCUCAAACCGGCGGUGAUCCGGGACCGCGUUCGGGAAGCGCUGGGUUAUGAGAAUGCCGUGCUGGGGGUGCUUAUUAGAGACGGCAAGGUUACUUUAGUUGAAGGCGGUGGUGAUGGGAAACAAUGGCAGCGGGAUGCGACGGUGGAGAUGAUGAAGGACUUUGUUCAGUAUUUGCCGGACAUGGAUUUGGUGUUUAAUAGUCAUGAUGAGCCUCGCGUCAUUGUGCCUAGCGAAGAUCUGCGGAGGCUGGUUGAUGUGGCUAAGGACCAUGUCAUUCCUAGUGCUUUUAAAAACCAAUCUCCUACGAAUGCGUGGUCGGGGAGGCCUGCGGACGUGAACAAGGGUGAUCGCAUUGAUGAAGUGCGGAAGAGUCGUUUCAAUCGAUAUGCACAUCAGCCCACUUGGACUGACUCCAGAGCCUCUUGUCCCGCGGAUAGCCCGUCCCGCUCUCUGGAUGAGAAUGAACCUGACAAUGUCGAUGCCUAUGCGGAUGGUGAACUGGGAUUCGUUUACAAUACGACCGCAUUCUCUGAUAUCUGCAACACUCCUUCUCUGCGCGAUCGAUACGGUUUCUUCGAGAGAGCCAAUGCCUUCGAUGUCGUCCACGAUCUGUUCCCCGUGUUCUCGCAGAGCAAACUCUCCAGUUUCCAGGACAUCCUCUAUCCUAGUCCGUGGUACUGGGUGGAUAAGGUGCCGUACGAAGCCGAAAAAGAUUAUACUUGGGACGAAAAGAUGGACAAGAUGUACUGGAGAGGAUCGACGACCGGCGGGUAUUCGCGAGGAGGCGGGUGGAGGCGCCAGCACCGGCAAAGAUUCGUCGGCACGAUCAACGCCCUGAACGAUACCAAGGUUCUGGCGAAGAGCGAGAAGGGCUUGUGGGAGUCAAAAGAGGCGCGCCGGGAGUCGUAUCGGGACCUGUUUGACGUGUGGAUCACGUAUGUCGGACAGUGUGACGAGGAUGACUGCGCCGCCCAGAGAGAGUACUUCCAGAUCGGCGAGCAGACCGGCCAGCAGGAUGCCUGGGCUUACAGGCACCUGGUAGACAUUGACGGAAACGCUUUCAGUGGUCGGUUCUACGCGUUCCUCCAUAGCAACAGUUUGGUACACAAGGUUGCCAUCUUCCGCGAAUGGCACGACGAAUGGAUCAGGCCUUGGGUGCACUAUAUCCCGCUGAGCCUGACAGGGGAUGAAUACGUGGAGACCAUGCGGUAUCUAGCAUCGGAGGACGAAGCUCGGAAUACGUUCUGGGAUCUAUCGAAGAAAUGGUCGGGCCUUUCCCAUCAGAUCCUCACGCUGCGAAACGGGUUCAAAUUCCACUACGUCUGCAACGACCUUCCCGGAUCGGACGGUAACACGAAACCGCUGGUCAUCUUCAUCCACGGCUAUCCUGACAGCUGGGCGAUAUGGCGCUACGUGAUCAGCUCGGCGUCGCUGCAGCAGACGGCUUCGAUCGUUGCUGUCGAUCUCCCUGGUUUCGGAGGUAGUGAGGGGCUGGAUAAAUACUCGGCGACGAGCGUGCUGGAGAAUCUGACGGAGUUUAUCAUUACGAUGAGGAUGCAGUAUGGGGUGGAGAAUGAUGCUGGGAUUCGUCAGAAGCCUACUGUUGUUGUUGCUCAUGAUUGGGGUUGUGUUAUUUCUAUGCGUCUUGCGGCUGAGGCGCCGGAGCUGGCUGAUCGGUUUAUUCUGAGCAAUGGCCCUUUGAUCGGUCACGUCGUCUCUAAUGUCCGCCGUCGCGUGUUCUCGGCUGUGAAGAUAGCCAAAACGGCGCUGCGGUCUCCCGUUCGCAACUUCUGGGUGUUCGGCAAGGCUUUGGGGACCCUCAAGCCCGUCUUCCUGCAAUUACUCCUCUCGGGAUACAUCUUCGCUUUUCAGCUGCCUAUGCCCCUCGUCAGGUACCUCGGUGAAGGCGGCAACCAGUCAUUCCUCAAGCUCUGCCACAAGGUCUCCCAUGGGAACUCCAAGUUCACAUCCCAGCACGCCGCAGAAUGCAUGGCAAGCACGAUGGGACCGUCCGUCGAGGAAUGCAAGACCCAGACAGACAACGGCGACAGCUAUGCAGAAUCCGUCAAAGACCGCGCUCUGUCGAAUUUCACCCACAUGACCAGCUACUACCGCGAUGGCUGCGCCAUCGCCCACUGGGACAAGUCCGUCGAGACCAUCGCCGCGCUACACGUUAUCUCGCAAGGCGAACAGUCCCCGCGGGGCAACAGCGGCGCGGGACUGUUCAACGAGGGUCCGCCCGGGGCCCUCCGCGCGCGUGCGACUCUCGUGUGGGGGAAGAAAGACUUUGCGUUGAAUGAGCAUAUCUGUCUCGAUGGGAUCUCGGAUUAUCUUGGGACUGAUAGCCAGGUUGUCGAGCUUGGCCACUCUGGUCAUUUUACGCCCUUGGAGCAGGAGAGUCAGGUCGCGUUGGAGAAAGUCGCGGAGUGGGCUGCUAAGGGCGAGCGGGAGGAUAUAUCCACUGUUCUUCAGGACUGUUAUCCGGAUGCUGUUGUUAAGACUAUAUACGAUGAGAUCAUACCCGUCCACCCAAUGACGAACAACACUCCCGUGAACCUCUGGCUCAUGGACCGCCCGGAUCUAAUCUCCACAUUUACCAAGAUAGAGCUGUGGCGCCAAACACAAUUCAAGCGCAUCGUAUACAUCGACUGCGAUGUUGUGGCCGUCCGCGCUCCGGACGAGCUCUUGGAGAUGGACGUCGAUUUCGCGGCCGCGCCGGACGUCGGGUGGCCGGAUUGUUUCAACAGCGGCGUGAUGGUGCUGCGACCCAACCUGCAGGACUAUUUCGCCCUGCGGGCGCUGGCCGAGAGAGGGAUUAGCUUUGACGGGGCUGACCAGGGGUUGUUGAAUAUGCAUUUCCGGGAAUGGCAUCGGCUCGGCUUCACGUAUAACUGCACACCCAGUGCGAACUACCAGUAUAUUCCGGCCUACAGGCAUUUCCAGAGUACCAUCAGUAUGGUCCAUUUUAUCGGGGCUCGGAAGCCUUGGAAUAUGCCGAGGCAGCUGCUUCCACUUGAAACGCCGUAUAACCAGUUGCUUGGGAGGUGGUGGGCCAUAUAUGAUAGGCAUUAUCGUCCUGUGGUUAAUACACCGUUUUCACAGACGGAUAGUACAGUUGAAUCUCCUAGGGAUGAUGAGACUGCAGGCUCCCACGCUGUUGCGGAGCCGCCAGCCGUACAAUGGCUACCGACUAUUCAGGUCAAGCCAGCAGAAAGCACUGAUGAGCCACUCCGAGAACCAGAGGUCCAGUUCCAACCGGAAGAUUCUAUAAUUAAGCACGGAGAACACCGUGUCCCUCAAGAACAGAUCGCAUUCAGUACAGACGGGGCGUCUUUCCAGGAAGAACCACCAGCCCCUGCUGUAGAAACUGUCUCCCAAGAGGAACAGUCAACCCCCGUGGCAGAACAAGAUAUAAUCACUCCAGCACCGGUUCGAAGUGCUGUCCCACAAUACGUUCGUGGAGAAGAGCAUAUCUCAGCAUACAUACAGCCACACGCGGAGACAACCUUCUUCGUUUCACAAGCUGAUCCUAUCUCUUUAAGACGGGAAACGAAUGUACCCCUCCCCCCUUUGGAGACACCAGGCACCUCGCAGCCCCCGUUCUAUCAACAGCCAGCAGAAGCCGUGCCUGAGCCCGCGGAACCGCUGGUAUCAGGACCUCCUACACCAACUUUUGAGCCUCCCAAAGCAGAAUGGGAUGCCUCCAGGGAGCCUCCACCGUUGAACUCGAAGCCCGAGGGAAUUGCCUUGAAGCAAAAGACGUAUGAAAUGUCAGAAGACCAUCAGCUUUUCCAACCUCCUCCAUCCUACCCAGAGGCCCCAAAAGGCAUGUACUACGAAGUUCCGCGAGAGAAACCGGCGCCCCAGAAAGUCUCUCAAGUGUUUCCAUGGGAAACCCAUGCGCCUGCACCGACGCGAGUCUUCCCGGGCGAAGAGCAGACCAUCACUUCGCAGGAAAGGAAACCACCCACUUCAUCUAUAGAGUCUCCGACUGAAGUAUCCGGACCAUCCACAGCGCGCUCCUGGACGUCCUGGACAACCGAGGAGCCCCCCGUCUCCUGGGACAGCUACACCCGGUCCAACGCCUGGGACGAGGACCCAGACAUUCAAAAAUACAUCCACACCAUCCAACAGGCCCGCAAAGCAAGAAUCCAGGUCAUCUCAGGCACCCAGGCUACCACCGGAGGCCAACCCGUCGCGACGCAAACAACGCCCCCUUCCGGACAGGAAAUCUCACCCCCCAGCAACCGGAUAACCGAUUUCCCCAGCGCAACAGAACGGCCCAGCCUCCCUGUCACCCCAGCGCCCAUCCAGAGACCAGCAGGCGGCGGCAGCCCUCCCCAGUGGCACCAGUUACCAUCCGCACAGGGGGUACCGAACCAGGAGGAAUGGGUGGGUGUCACGGUUGGAGCGUUUUUGCACCUGCUGCGAGUGACGUGCUUAUACAGGAACUUUAUAGAAUCCGUUGGUCCGCCUCGAAGAGCUGCAGCAGCAUCAGUCGGUGAUCUUGGAGCGGCCCGAAUCGCUCCAAGAACGAAUUGAGAGGGCGGGGGUUGUUGGGGGGCGGAGGCGGAUGGAUCCUUAGUUUUGAAUUACUUUCCUUUUUUCUUCCGUUGGGAAUUUUUUGAGGAGGGAGGGCUGGACUGGACCUGAAUUGGACCUGGAAUGAUUGUGUGUGUGUGGUUUGUUUGCUCAGUCGAGUUGAUAUGUUUUCUUUCUUUCUUUGCCGUCUACAUCUGCUCUUUGAGACUUUUUUUCCUUUGUUGCUAUUUGGUGUCUAUAUGAGCGCCAUCUGUAUAUUAUGUACCUGGAUAAUUUCUCUUCCUCGUCUGCUUGUUGGCUGCUUCCUUUUUC